AUGGCGAGUGACUUCGAUCAGAAGAUUCAAGAGGUCUAUAAGCAUAUCCAGGCCGAACGCAAAAUUCUAGAGGGUGCUCAAGCUUUACGACAAGCCACCACGAAUCCUGAUGUUUUGCGCAAGAGUGAUACGGAAAUAAGAGAAGCUGAACGUUCGUUGUCCUAUUUUGAGGCCACCCUCCGCGAGCUUCAAACUCGGAAGCUUCAGCAAUCUGGAAAUGACUAUGGCCGAUCUGGGGGUUUUGGAAGUCCCCAGGUUCCCCCAAAAGACUCGUCAGGUCGAAUGCAAGGCUCAGGCUCUAUGGAUAUGGGCCCAAUGUCCAAUUCACCUUUAGAUGGUUCUCGACCGAAGAAUUACACUAAUCUCGACUUGAUCAAAGCCGAUACGCCUCAUACCCCCGCGAAGAUUUCGAAAAUGCUGCACCAACUUGAGUUCAAACUCCAGGUGGAAAUGCAAUAUAAAAAAGGAAUUGAUAAGAUGGCUAAGCUAUACCAAGCCGACGGGGACAAGAAGUCUCGAGCCGAUGCUGAAAGCAAGAAAGUUGAAAGCGACAAGAAAAUUCAACUUCUUCAGACUGCUCUUAAACGUUAUAAGAAUUUACACAUACUGGACGACGUUGAAGAAGAGGACCAGAAUGGCCCAGGUGUGGAUGGCGAGCGAAAAGACAACCUACGGUCGAAACCACUCUCGGGGAUUCUCCACGUCACUGUCAAAGGCGCUAGAGAAUUAGAUCAUGCACCCUUGCUGACCAGGUUUCGUUCCGCUUCCAAGCAAGUGCAAGAAACGUCUGUCUCUAUCAAGGUGGAAGGCACUCACGUCGCUAAAUCUCAUCCAUCGCGGACUGAUCGUUGGAAUGAAGACUUCGAAAUCAUGGUCGAUAAAGCAAAUGAAGUUGAGAUUGCUGUAUAUGACAAACAAGUUGGCGAACAACACCCAGUACCUAUCGGACUUCUUUGGAUUCGCAUGAGCGACCUAGUCGAAGCCUUGCGUAGGCAGAAGGUGUUCACUGAAAAUCAUGGUGGCGGAUGGGUCACUGCAGGUGCUAUGCACAUGCAUGGCGGUGGUCAUCAGGGCGUCCCACCAGAUGGGGCUGCUGAUAUGAAUACACCUGUCGAUUUUAGAGCAGCUGCUCCUGGCGGUGCGUUAGGCCCAACAUCCCAGCCGUCAGAAGGGAUUGAAGGAUGGUUUGCCGUUGAACCUGCCGGUGCAAUUUUACUAAACGUUAAUUUCAUUAAGGAAAACGUUCGCAAACGGCCUCUGGAUGCACCUCUUGGUGGCCUCGGUCGUCAAGGUGCUGUUCGUAAACGCAAGGACGAGGUGCAUGAGAUGAACGGCCAUAAAUUCGUGCAAAAGCAGUUCUACAACUUGAUGUUAUGUGCGUUCUGCAGCGACUUCCUGUUGAACGCCACUGGGUACCAGUGUGAAGACUGUCGCUUUACAUGUCAUAAAAAGUGCCACGAAAAAGUUGUGACCAAGUGUAUUUCACAAUCUCGUACUGGGGAGGAUGAAGACAAGAUCAAUCAUCGCAUUCCCCAUCGUUUUGAACCUCUCACCAACCUAUCCGCCAAUUGGUGUUGUCAUUGCGGUUAUAUGUUGCCUCUAGGACGCAAGAACGCUCGGAAAUGCUCGGAGUGUGGGAUCACUUGUCAUGCUAAUUGUGCUCACCUUGUUCCGGAUUUCUGUGGCAUGACCAUGGAGACAGCCAGUGCCCUUCAAUCUGGAGUGCGUGCCAUCAAGCAGACUCAGCAAAGUCAAAGUUCAAGGCCUGGGAAGGAGCGUCCUCCCACCGCCCGUCCCCCAGCGGCAACACCAGAGCCUGCGUUACCACCCUCUGACCCGUAUGGUCGUCCCCUACCUCCCCCUUCCGGAUAUGCACCCGACCCUCGGUACACACAGCAACCUCAGCAGCAACCGGUUCCCUAUCCUCCGCAAGGACCUGGGCCUAGUCCCAAGCCUCCUGCGCGUAUUCCUGUGCCCCAGUUCCCUGAUAUUCAACAAGGACGACCUCCACCCGGUAUCCCUGAGCAAGAAGGCCCGUACCCGGGUCCUCCCCGACCUCUUCAAACAGCCCCUCAACCUCCCAUUAAGGGAUUACCAGCGUCACCUGCUCAACGCUACCCCGAUCGUACGAGCUCUAUCCCGCCACCCCAUCAACCGGCGCGACAGCACACAGUACCUAUCAGGCCACCGCCUCAGAAGCCCGCCCGAAAGGUUGGGCUUGACGACUUCAACUUCCUUGCUGUCCUUGGUAAGGGUAACUUUGGUAAAGUCAUGUUAGCGGAGGAAAAGAAGACCAGCGGACUCUUUGCCAUAAAAGUGCUGAAGAAGGAAUUUAUCAUUGACAAUGAUGAAGUAGAGAGCACUCGGUCCGAAAAACGAGUCUUCCUGGCAGCCGCACGAGAACGACAUCCAUUCUUACUCGGCCUGCAUUCUUGUUUCCAGACUGAAACUCGAGUUUAUUUUGUGAUGGAAUAUGUCAGUGGGGGUGAUCUCAUGUUGCAUAUCCAGCGCAAGCAGUUCUCUUUGCGGCAGGCGAAAUUUUAUGCCUCCGAGGUCCUUUUGGCUCUAGAAUACUUUCACGCGAACGGUAUCAUCUAUCGUGAUUUGAAACUAGACAACAUCCUUCUAACAUUAGAUGGCCACGUCAAAGUUGCUGACUAUGGGUUGUGUAAAGAGGAAAUGUGGUAUGGUAGCACAACAAGCACUUUCUGUGGUACUCCCGAAUUCAUGGCUCCCGAAAUUCUACUGGAGCAGCGUUACGGUCGUGCGGUCGACUGGUGGGCCUUCGGUGUAUUGACGUACGAAAUGUUGCUAGGUCAAUCUCCAUUCCGCGGUGAAGAUGAGGACGAAAUAUUCGACGCCAUCUUGGAGGAUGAGCCUUUAUACCCGAUUACGAUGCCACGCGAUGCUGUCUCCAUCUUGCAGAAGCUUCUCACACGGGAUCCCGCUCGGCGUCUUGGUUCUACGAAAGAGGAUGCUGAGGAAAUCAAACGUCAACCUUUCUUCAAAGAUGUCAACUGGGACGAUGUACAUCACAAACGUAUACCCCCUCCAUAUUUCCCUACCAUCAACGGCAGCGCCGAUACGAGUAACUUCGAUGAGGAAUUCACUCGAGAGCAGCCCACGUUGACUCCAGUCCAUACGCAGCUAUCCGCUCGCGAUCAGGCAGAGUUUAAUGGCUUUUCCUAUGUGGCAUCAUGGGCGGAUAUAUGA